CCGCGAAUUCAUCACACUACUCCACGCCCUAAUUCGCCGCCGCCGCUUACUCACCUCCUCGCCUGUCGCCUCUCGGUGCGAGUUCUACUCACCGGCGCCGGCGACGGCGACGACCCUGGUUGGCGGUUGAAUCGUCGUCCUCGGCGUGUGAUGGUGGUGGCCAUGGCGACGAAGGAGGAGGAGGGUGGGCCGUCGAGCCGCGUGCCUCACCUUCCGUGGAUGCGGAACCCCGUCGACAUCGACUCCUUCUCCGGCUGCCCCGUCGCGCACCUUCCCCGUCUCGAUCCCAGGUUGGUGAAGCCAUUGCAGAGAAUGGGGAUAGAAUCAUUUUUUCCAGUUCAAGUAGCAGCAUGGCUGGAAACUAUUGGUCCUGGUGCUUUUGAGAGGGAUAUCUGUAUUAACUCCCCAACUGGAUCUGGCAAGACUCUUGCUUAUGCUUUGCCUAUCGUUCAAAUGCUCGCUACUCGAAAAGUAAGGUGCUUGCGUGCUUUGGUUGUGCUACCUACAAGGGAUUUAGCAUUGCAGGUUAAAGAGGUUUUUGAUGCUAUUGCUCCUGUUGUGGGCUUGUCAGUAGGCUCAGCAGUUGGUCAAUCAUCAAUAGCGGAUGAAGUUUCAAAUCUUAUUGAGAAGUCUAAACAAGGGCUUUUCCCAAGUCUUGAUGAAGAAUAUAUCCAAAUGGAACCACAGACUAAAGUUGAUAUAUUGGUGGCAACUCCUGGAAGACUGAUGGAUCAUAUCAGCAUGACAAAAGGUUUCAGCCUGGAGCAUCUUCAAUACCUGGUUGUUGAUGAGACGGACAGGAUGUUGAGAGAAGCUUAUCAGUCUUGGUUGCCAACAGUUAUCCAGCUUACUCGCUCGAGUGAUCAAAACCAUUCCUGGUCAGACAUGAACGGAGAAACUCUACUGCAUCCAUUGACUACCAUUAGACGAUCGGGUGUUGAGCGUGGUUUUAAAGGUAAAUCCUUUCCAAGAUUGGCGAAGAUAGUUUUGUCUGCCACACUGACUCAAGAUCCUAGCAAGCUUUCUCAACUUGAGUUGCAACAUCCCUUGCUGUUGAAUAGUGGAAAGAAGCGCUACAGAAUUCCAACAAAGCUUCAGUCCUACAAGCUGGUCUGUAAAUCAAAUUUAAAACCACUAUCUCUGAUUGUUCUUCUCCAAGAGCUGCGUGGGGAAAAAUGUUUAGUUUUUACUUCAUCUGUGGAAUCCAGUCACAGACUGAGCACCUUGCUGGAAUUUUUCGAAGACUUGCCCUUCAAAUUUAGUGAAUAUUCACGUUUGCAACGUGAAUCGACUCGGAGGAAGACACUGGAUGCCUUCAAGGAAGGGAAGAUAGAUGUUCUGAUUGGUACAGAUAGAAUGGCUCGAGGAAUUCAUAUUGAUGGCUUAAGAUAUGUUAUCAAUUAUGACAUGCCACCGUAUGUAAAAACAUACAUCCACCGAGCAGGUCGUACUGCUCGGGCGGGAGAGUCUGGUUCUUGCUUCACAUUUUUAAGGAAACAUGAGGUUAAGGCUUUUGACAAAAUGCUCAAGAAGGCAGAUAAUUCUAGCUGCAGUCUUCAUUCACUACCAGAGGAAUCGGUAGAAACCCUUCGCCCAGUUUUUUCCUCUGCUCUAAAGAAAUUGGAAGAGUCUCUUGAAUCAGAAGCAACAAAGAAAUCUAAGUCGGGAGAUAAAGCGCCUAAUGCUUCUAAAAGAAAGAGAACCAUCAAUACGUGAAGCAGUAUAGAUUAGUUGAAGUUCUAAUUUAUUCUUUGUAUGAUGUAUCUGCAUCUGCUACAUAGAUUUGUGAUUCCAAUGCUGUCUCCUUUAGGUGAUUCUCGCCUAUGAUAAUUCUGCAACAGGCUCAGCAUUUAAUCAUGGAUGUCCAAAACAAGAGGGAUGGUUUGAUGUGUCAUGUAAUCCAUUUGCCGUGCAAUCCCCAAGCAGCUUUCCCCAUCCCUGCAACCUGCUGCUUAUUUUUGGUGCACGGUACAGUAGUUCUCUUCUGCUUUUACACCAGGGAAGGAAUUCUUCUUUCCUUCUGUAGUUAUAAUACAUCCACUGCUUUUCAUGGCUAGGAAGGAAUCUACCCCAAAGUAAAGUUGGGUACGUUCACAUCAAUGUAUCGUCGCUGUUAACCUUUUUGUUAGGCUUUACACUUGAAAUAUCUAUUACUAUUACAGUCUCUGUUAGUAAUGCGGUUUGUUACUCCAUUUUCUAGUGCCUUUGAGAUUCCAAAUUUCAGGCAGAAGGUUGAGAAUCCCUUGGCCUUUGUUUCGGUUCAUUUUCCUUUUUGCAACAGUUGUGCGGCUUCAUCUGUCUCGCAUUAAAAUUUUUUCAUCAUCUUGUGUCCAGUCUUGUAUUUUGGUUUUCUCUAGAGCAAUUCUAGACUAUUUUUCAUUGUA